AUGUCGACCUACUACGGGUUUCUAUCCUAUCCUCAUGGAGGUCGAGCAUCGGCAUUCUUGCUGUUAUCCAUGGCAUGUGGCACAAUCUGCACUUGCUUUGCAGUUUCAACCUGCCGGUUUGCUACCCUCGAAUUCCUGUCCGACCAUGGUGAUUUUGACCAACAUUUUGUUGGCGACACAGAUGCCAAAGACACUCUGUCUAGUGUUCGAGUAGGCAUUGGUCUCUUUGUCUGGAUGCGACCCUUUGACACUCUUGAUUGGGAUGAUGGAUCUUGUGCUGGGUACAAUGAAUUACAACGAAAUGUGAUUGUCGAUGGGAGAUUUGAAAUACUCCGCAUUGUUGGUGUCGUGGCCGUACUCAUGUCGGUUAGUCUGUUCCUCUUUUCGUUUGGAUUGUCGUGUCUAUCAUUGGCGCGAUUACAACGCUAUAUUAUGAUCACAUGUACCGUUGCACUCGCAUUCAUGACUGGUUCCACAUUGCUUAUUACAACAACUUCUGUUUGUACCGACAUUGGAACAUAUCCAAACUGUGAUGUGGAUCAAGGUGGUCUAGUGGCAGUCGCCGGGGUACUUUUCUGGAUCUUGACGGGUUUGAUCAUGGUAUUCUUUAUCCAGCCAGUCCAGAAUACCAAACUCAGCAACAGACAAAAAGAAAAGAGAAAAACUGAGAUACGAAAGAAACAACUUAACAUGUUGAAGCAGAUUGAGGAGCUCGACCUUGACAGGAGACUAGCCGAAAGGAAGUUGCGAGAACAAGAAGAAGGGACAUCAUCCUUGAAGCGAAAAGCGUCUCAGACAUCAGAGCCAUCACAAAAGCAACUAGAACAGAAACGACAAACGCAACAACCAACUCAACAGCAACCUCAAACGCAGCGGAGACAACGCAAACCCCAAAAGUGUAUCGUACAGGUGCAAGUAGACGCUGAACCUCCCAAAGCGCUGCCAAGGAGGUCUGAAUCUUGGCAGCAGGCCGAAAACGAAGAAACAUCCCCAGAAUCCACCUCACCACAGUCGACGAUCAGCCAGCGAAUUCCAGAAGUUCUCCCAUUGAACAAAAACCAACAGCUGCAGUCGCCGCCAGUGCCCGCUAGAAAGCACAAGCAACUGGAGUCACCCAAAAUGUCUCCUCAGGAAGCUAAUCAAAGGAAAUCCACCAAGGGGAUGCAUUCCCUCCAAAUAUACGAAGCAGAGGCAGGCUCUCCCCCAGAUGUUCCAACAGAGGAUGUUGAGGCUAUAUACACUCGUCGAGCGCAACCUGUCAAAAAGAGGAGACUGCGCGGCAGUAGCCAGGAACCACCAAAGCAUCCUCCUCCAAGGCGGACGCAACGGGAUGCUCCUGCGGGGAAAAGAACGCAGCAACAUCAUCGACGCCGAGAACGCCGCAACGAAAUUGCAGAGCAGGAGAGAAGGUCAUCCUCCAAGCGGGAUGGCUCCGAGUUGUCAGAUCCCUUGUACGGCUGCUUUCCUCCUCCACUGCCAGUCCCCCGAGCAAACUCUCGCAAAACACAGGCCCUCAUGUGCGAUCUACCCCUGUUCGAUAUUUCCACGGUCGUCAGCCACGACCAAUCCGAUACCGAAGAUGUAGAAGUGUACAUUGGGAAGACUCUGGACAAGAUUGACACUAUGAUUGACAUUGGCAGCUAUGAAGGUUCCACCUGGUCGUCCGAUUGGCGGGCCGACGUAUAG